AUGGGAAAACUUCUGAUAGUUUUUCUAGCAUUCACCGCUACUUGCGUGGCUGGUUUUCUCAGAGUGCCAUUGUACCGUAUGCAGACAGUCCGUAAGCACUUUACAGAAGUGGGUACCGACCUUCAAGUGCUGAGGAUUAAGUACCAUGCCAGUGGGCCUGCCCCUGAACCACUCUCUAACUACCUAGAUGCUCAGUACUACGGGCCGAUCUCGAUCGGCAACCCGCCGCAGACGUUCAAGGUGGUGUUCGACACGGGCUCCUCCAACCUGUGGGUGCCUUCCAAGAAGUGCCACUACACCAACAUCGCUUGCCUGUUGCACAACAAGUACGACAGCUCCAAGUCGCGCUCGUACCGCCCCAACGGCACCGAGUUCGCCAUCCACUACGGCUCCGGCAGCCUCUCUGGCUUCCUCUCCACGGACGACGUCUCCGUGGGAGGUAUCACGGUGAAGGAUCAAACAUUCGCCGAGGCUUUGUCGGAGCCGGGACUGGCCUUCGUGGCCGCUAAGUUCGAUGGCAUCCUCGGAAUGGGCUUCCGCAGCAUCUCGGUGGACAACGUGCCGCCGGUGUUCGACAACAUGGUGGCGCAGGGACUCGUCAAGCCCGUCUUCUCCUUCUAUCUCAACAGGGACCCCAGCGCGGCGCAGGGCGGGGAGAUCAUCCUGGGCGGGUCCGACCCGGCGCACUACCGCGGCAACUUCACCUACGUGCCCGUCAACCGCGCCACCUACUGGCAGUUCCACAUGGACACCAUCGACGCCAAGGGCAUCAGCUUCUGCCGACAGGGCUGCGAGGCGAUCGCGGACACGGGCACGUCUCUGAUCGCGGGCCCGUCGAGCGAGGUGGAGGCGCUGAACCGCGCGCUGGGCGCCACGCCCAUGGCGUUCGGCCAGUACGCGCUGGACUGCGCGCUCAUCCCGCGCCUGCCGCCCGUCUCCUUCGCCAUCGGCGGCCAGCGCUUCACGCUCGACGGACAGGACUACGUGCUGCGCGUGACGCAGUUCGGCAAGACGGUGUGCCUGUCGGGCUUCAUGGGGCUGGACAUCCCCCCGCCCAACGGCCCGCUGUGGAUCCUCGGGGACGUGUUCAUCGGCAAGUACUACACCGAGUUCGACGUCGAGAACAAGCGCCUCGGCUUCGCGCCCGCCGCAUAG